AUCUACAAAUUAUGUUUGUUACGCUGCUCUGAUUCUAUCAUCCUACGAUACUGUUUGUUAUACGUAGAAAGAAAACUACAGGUUCUCUAGGUUGUCAAAUUCAUAUAUCUUUCGGCCAUGGCAAGCUCCAGCCCGCCGCCCGAACCUCAGACCUCGCACCCUCCGCGGAGGAUGCCGACCCCACGAGCGCGGAAGGUGGAAGACUUCUCGUUCGGUCCAUGGACCAUCACUGCCGUGAAGAGCCACAUCAUGCCGUCAGACGACAUGGACAAACUGGCCUCCGAGCUGGACAUCCCACAACUGCCGGAGAUGUUGUUCGGCCAGAAUGUGCUGAGAAUAAAACACUCCGGAGGGUUUGGGAUAGAGUUCAACGCUGUGGACCACAUGAAGCUGGUGGACAACAAACAUGAUCUGAUGAAGGUCGCUGUUUCUGAGGCCUGGAGGGAGGCAAGGGCUGGCAGUGAACACAUACAGGAGGUCAUCAAGCCCUUUGACUGGACCUUCACCAGUGACUACAAAGGGACACUACUGCAGGAAAGUGCCCCACUGCAGGUGGAAGAAACCACAGAACUGAUUGACAUUGAAAAGCUGAAGCAGAGGGAGAGGAUUGUGUACUUUGAGGAGGUGGUUCUGUUCGAGGAUGAGCUGGCUGACAACGGCUGCUCAACACUCAGUGUCAAAAUUCGAGUUAUGCCAACAAGCUUCUUCCUGUUGAUGAGGUUUUUCUUGAGAGUGGAUAAUGUGAUCAUCCGAGUGCACGAUACCAGACUAUACCACGAGGCUGACAAGGACUACUUCUUGAGGGAGUAUUCUGCAAAAGAGAACAACAUUGAUGACUUGGUGAAGCGAGGUGUUCCUCAGCGACUCCUCCAAGAUCCCAACGAGAUCGUGAGCAGGCUUGACUCUAGGGAGAUGGUCAUCCACAAACUCAAGUUUCCACCGGUCCAGACUACAAACACAGACACACAGGCAGACUCACAGAAAACAGGCACGACAGACUGUGAUUCAGCCGAGAAAUGACAUGGUCCACAUCAAUGUGUUAGUGUGGGGUUGUUGGAGAGGAGGAGUCACUGUCAGAGGCCUGAAAGUCACAGCAGGGAUUUUUUCUUAGGUUGUAACAGUUAUCAUUUCAGACUACAUGUAAGGCAGGUAACUUAAAAUCUAGACAGACUCUGGGAAAUAUACGGUAGUAGAUUUUAAAGAUUCAAUUUAUGACUGACAUAAACUUACAUGUACUAUGAUAUAGCAGACAGUAUGCUCUUUCAAUUGAUACAUAAAUUACCUGUACAGCCGGGACUGAAAUUUUUUGGCUUCCCAGUAUCCCACCUUAGGGUCAUCUUUGUACAUGAUUUCUCUAGGCCUCCCCAAUUCAUGUUGCUUUGAAAACUUUCUGACCUCUCUCAGUGUGUGUACAAUUUGAGAAGAUAACACGUACUUCCAUAGCUUACAGCACAAAAGUUGUUGGUGUUUUGACCCUCGGAUAAGUUAGAUACCAUUUUUUUUACACAAAAAGUCACAUGCCAACAAGUGUCUGUUUUUGAUAAUGUUUUUCUGUGUAGUUUGUACCAUAAUGUGAGGCCAUGAAAUGGCCAUAUUGCUGUAUCAACAUUCUGCUUUGAACAAGAAAUGUUUAAGGACAAUAAACCGUAGUUGAGUGAGAUUGAGUAGUGAACAAAACGUACAAUUGAAUUGGUGAUGUUUGAUCUAUGUUAUACAUUUGUUGUCAUGAAGGCAAAAGUGAUGUUGUGGUGAAACACACAUGUAUAUAUUUGAAUUUCCUCCUUUUUCACUUUGUGAAGCUGGAAAAGACACUAUACAAAGAAUAAAUUGGCGCUUGAU